AUGAAGAAACCAAACAAGAUGGAACUGAAGAUCGAUACAAAUCAAGGAGAAGAAACUUCAUCCGAUGCACUCAGUAUCAAUCACUUUGAACGAUAUCAAGCUCAUGAUUAUUUACUUUGCCCUUUCCCGAUCUCCACCAAUAAUAAUCCUCGAUCGGACAGAGAAGCAGGUGUCGGGAAGAAGACCUGGUCAGGGCUAUACGUUUUAUCACCACAAGAUUUGAUUAUGGUCGAGCUGAGAAACCGAUCAGAUCAUAUCGGUUGGAUGAUUGAACAUGAAGAUUAUGAAGGUGCUCUGAGAGAAGUACAAGACGCUGGUUUAGAUGGAGUCGAUGGAUUCAGUUUAAGUGAGAUUGGGAAAAAGUAUCUUGAUCAUCUUGUCAAUCACGGUCAAUAUGAAACCGCUGCCAAAGCAUCACCAGCUAUAUUGGGGAAUAAUGCAAAGGCUUGGGAGGAUUGGAUAUUCUUAUUCACUGAAAAGGGGCAAUUGGAGGUAUGCUAUGAUUUCAACGUCGUCGUGGAGGGCCGAAACCGAGACAAUGGGAAGAGAGCGUAA